ACAAAGCAGAAGUCUUUACCAAAAUCUUUGAAAAUUAAAUGGAGAGCUAUAUGAACACUGUAAAAGGCAAAAUAAGAGUUGAUAUUCUUGAAAGGUCUUCAUCACAAGUAAUGUAGAACAAUUACUGGUUUUAAUUCCUUGGAUGGAAGGUUUUAAGUAUUCCAAGAUGACUCUAAUGUGACCUCCCUUUGGGAGCAGCUCCCCAGGGCUCUCAUAGGUCCAAGAGGAAAAGGUACAACCUCCAGAGUGAGGUGACUUGCUCUGUGAAGCACUCGGGGAUCAGAACAGGACUCCUGUUGCCUUAACAGUGAAGUGAAGUAAAGCUCAGCUCAGUCUGGAUCUUCCUAGAGAUCGAACUUAAUUCUGCUCCAGCAUGUUUGUUCAACUGCUGCAGCCCUACACGUUUUGGUGUCACUACUUCUGGUUUUUACUGAAAUAUAAUUACUGUGCUGCUGCUUGAUUCCAGUUGAUUUGGGCUUUCACAGAGAAUAUUGCAAAAACCCUUCUACAUUUUAAGAAGAAUCCACAGUUUUAAAAUAAGGCAGAAGGUUCAGUGAUACACUGAAAGCUGCAGAGCACAAAUAACCUCUCCAGGACUCCUGGAGAGACACUGGCAGUUGCAUGGAGGCAACGUAGAGAGUGCAGCCUGCAGCAGCUGCAGCCAGCCGGUCACUCAUGAGCACCCAAGGAGCAGAGCCAGAGAUGGAUGACUGCCUGGAGACCCUGAAAGAUGAGGAGGAGGCUUUGUGGGAGAAUGUGGAGUGCAACCGGCACAUGCUGAGCCGCUACAUCAACCCAGCCAAACUGACCCCCUACUUACGGCAGUGCAAAGUCAUCGACGAGCAGGAUGAGGAUGAGGUGCUCAACUCACUCAUGCUGCCCUCCAAAAUUAACAGAGCAGGCCGGCUGCUGGACAUCCUCCACACCAAGGGCCAGAGGGGCUACGUGGUGUUCUUAGAGAGCCUGGAGUUUUACUACCCUGAACUCUACAAACUGGUGACAGGGAAAGAGCCUACACGGAGAUUUUCCACUAUUGUUGUGGAGGAGGGACAUGAAGGCCUUACCCAUUUCCUAAUGAAUGAGAUCAUCAAGCUCCAGCAGCAGGUGAAGACAAAAGACGUGCAGCGCUGUGAGCUCCUGGCCAAGUCCCGCCAGCUGGAGGAUGAGAGAAAGCAGCUAAAGCUGAACAAGAUAGAGCUGCUGACCUUCCAGGAGAGAUACAACAAGAUGAAGGAGGAGAGGAAUAACUACAAUGAUGAGCUGGUCAAGGUGAAAGAUGAGAACUACAAUCUGGCCAUGAGAUAUGCCCAGCUGAGUGACGAGAAGAGCAUGGCUGUGAUAAGGAGCCGGGACCUGCAGCUGGAGAUUGACCAGCUGAAGCAUCGCUUGAACAAGGUGGAAGAGGAGUGCAAGCUGGAGAGGAACCAGUCCUUGAAGCUGAAAAAUGAUAUUGAAAACCGACCCAAAAAGGAACAGGUUCUGGAGCUGCAGCGGGAAAACGAGAUGAUGAAGACUAAAAUCCAGGAGUUACAGUCCAUCAUUCAGGCUGACAAGAGGGGUUUGCCAGAUUCAGACAAAACCAUUUUGGAUAUUCUGGAACACGACCGUAAGGAGGCACUGGAGGAUCGCCAUGAGCUGGUCAACAAGAUCUUCAAUCUCCAAGAGGAGAUUCGUCAUGUGGAGGACUUGAGAGACAAGUAUCUUGAGGAGAAAGAAGAUUUGGAGUUAAAGUGCUCAACACUAGGAAAAGACUGUGAGAUGUACAAGCACCGCAUGAACACUGUGAUGAUACAGCUGGAAGAGGUGGAAAAGGAGCGGGACCAGGCGUUCCGCUCGCGCGACGAGGCGCAGACGCAGUACUCGCACUGUCUGAUUGAGAAGGACAAAUACAGGAAGCAGAUCCGGGAGCUGGAGGAGAGGAACGACGAGCUCCGAAUCGAGGUGGUGCGCAAGGAAGCGUGCAUCGUCAACCUGGAGUGCAAACUGCGGCGCCUCUCCAAGGACAGCAACUUCCUCGACCAGAGUUUGCCACGGAAUCUUCCCAUUACCGUUAUCUCCCAGGCCUUUGGGACUUCUGGCCCAAAAGCCAAUGGUCAGGAAGCUGAUGACUCCUCCACCUCUGAGGACUCUCCAGAAGACAACAAAUUCUUCUUGCCUGAUCAAGUUCGUCUCAAGAGAAGAGUGAACCUAAAGGGGAUCCAGAUAAGUCCAAGAGCUAAAUCUCCUGUCAGCAUGAACAAAACAGCAGAGUUUCAAGCAGCCAGAGCUCAGGAUGAAGACGGGGCCGAGGGCAGCACCGGCCGCACGGACACGAGCUCCUCUGUGUCCAUCAGUAACUCCAUCAGCAGCUGUGAAGUCACCAAGAUUCAAACCCUGCGAAAUCGCAACGACAGCAUCAUGUCCACCACCCCUGAGCCUCCCGGCAACGACUCCAUCGUGCGGCGCUGCAAGGAGGACACCCCUCACUGCAGCCUGGUUGAAGAGGACAAUGACAGCUUUGGAUGUGAUGCUUUGGAGAUGGAUGAUGACAGUCAUGACAGGCAUUCACACGGAGCUCCUUCAGUGCAUUCUUCCUCUUCUUCUCAUCAGUCAGAAGGCCUGGAUGCCUAUGAGCUUGAGCAUGUCAACUCCAUAUUUAGAAAGUUCUCUCUGGAAAGGCCCUUCCGUCCCUCUGUCACGUCUGUGGGCCGCAUCAGGAGCUCGUGCCACACGGUCCAGCGCGUGACGCUCAACGGGGACAGCCUCAACUCAGAGAUCACCCUGCUCGGGGGCAAUGACAAAGGCAGCUUCGUCAGCUCUGUCAAGACAGGCUCCCUGGCAGAGAAGGCUGGCCUUCGGGAGGGACACCAGAUCCUCCUGUUGGAGGGCUGCAUUAAAGGGGAAAAUCAAAGUGUUCCUUUGGAUACUUGCACAAAGGAAGAAGUUCACUGGACAAUUCAGAGGUGCAGUGGUCCAGUAACACUCCAGUAUAAAUCAAAUCAUGAAGGGUACCGCAAGCUGCUGUCGGAGCUGGAGGAAGGGCUCAUCACCUCGGGGGACUCAUUUCACAUCCGCCUGAACCUGAACAUCUCCAGCCAGCUGGACUGCUGCUCCCUGUCCGUGAAAUGUGAUGAGAUCGUCCACAUUCUGGACACCAUGUACCAGGGCAGGUGUGAGUGGCUCUGUGCCAGGGUGGAUCCCUUCACUGACAGGGACCUGGAGAUGGGGACCAUUCCCAGCUACAGCAGAGCCCAGCAACUCCUUUUGGUGAAGCUGCAGCGGUUGAUGCACAGAGGAAGCAAAGAUGAGACAGAAAACUCCUAUAACACCCUUCGGGCCCUGCGGAAUACAUUGCAGCCAGAGGAGCCUGCCCCGCAGAACGACCCCAAAACCAGCCCUCGCCUAUCCAGAGCAAGCUUUCUUUUGGGCCAGAUUUUACAGUUUGUCAGUAGGUCUGAGAACAAAUACAAACGAAUGAACAGCAACGAGCGGGUCCGCAUCGUCACAGGCUGGCCCUCGGGCCUGGCACUGAGCUCAUCCGAAGGGAAGAAGCAGCUGCCUGAUAAACUGGAAGAUUUGGAUUCCGAGAGUGAACUGGAUAAGAAGCUCAGUCUGAUCCCUUAUAGCUUGGUGAGACCCAUCCGCUGCGAGCGCAGGCGCCCCGUGCUGUUCACCCCCACCAUGCUGGCCAAGCCCUUGGUGCAGAAGCUCCUCAACUCUGGAGGUGCCCUGGAAUUCAACAUAUGCAAGCCAGAUAUUGUAACAAAGGAAGAGUUCUUAAGGAAGCAAAGGACAGAGACUGUCAUCUUCAGCAGAGAAAAGAAUCUGAACACAUAUGAAUGUAUUGUACCUGCCAACAUCGAGGCUGUUGCUGCCAAGAACAAGCAUUGUCUCCUGGAAGCUGGAAUAAGCUGCACGAAGGAUUUAAUCAAAGCCAAGAUAUAUCCUAUUGUUCUCUUUAUAAGAGUCUCAGAGAAAAACAUCAAGAGGUUCAGGAAGCUGCUGCCGAAGCCGGAGACUGAGGAUGAGUUUUUACGGAUGUGCCGCCUGAAGGAGAAAGAGCUGGAGGCACUGCCUUGCCUUUAUGCCUCCGUGGAGGCAGAGGCAUGGAGCAGCAUUGAGGAUCUUAUCCGGACAAUAAAGGACAGGAUCGGGGAAGAGCAGCGGAAAACCAUCUGGGUAGAUGAGGACCAGCUUUGAAAAGCCCUCAGGAUCACGGAGCUAUUUGGUGAGGAAAGGACACAUCCAGGUGGAGCAGGGCUUCUCAGAAUUCUCUGGUGAGGUGGCCAGAGCUCACUCCUGUUUCACCCUUGCUGGUGGAGCACUUCCUGCUGGCAGGAUGCAUGUCUGGAACGGGACUGGAGCUGUGCUGAAGAGCCAGAGUCUCAGAUGCUGGAUCCAGGCUGUGGGGCCACCGCCACAAUUUCUGAUCCACUGGCAUUUCUUAAGGGACGGCACCUGUUUAACACAUGAGGACAAAGAUCUUGAGAAGAGGGAGCUUGGGGUAAUUUAUUAUGUUCAAAAUAUGGAUCUCUUUGGUCUCAUUCAAAAUUUCUAAGGAAACCAAAUAAGUGGAAUCUGAAAGGGAUAAGGCAUGGGGAUUUGGCUGCAGGAUGCGGAAUUGAGAUGUGCCCCACACCCCCCUGAGGUGAGAUUCUGAACAUACCCAGCUGAGGAAGCUGAAGGCUGGUUGGGAGCAGCAGCAACACAACUGCUGAUGGCCAGAGCAGCUCUGUAGCCCUGGUUCUCCGCAGCCAUUUUAAUCAAAAGAGAAGAAAAUAGCUAUUCCUCCUGGAAUUAAGUAAAAUGAAAAAUUUCUCUUCCUUUUGAAACCCCAGUUUUAUUUAACAGUUUUGCAGGUUUCCUUUGUAGUCCUGGUGCUUACAGGAAAACAGACUUCACUGUCCCAGUGGCACAUCAGAUCUUUCCACAUCUGCCAACAUUUCAUUUAGUUUAUCCCUGCCUCUGCAUUGUAUUCAUUUGUACAUCUCUCAGUUUUCAACAUGCUUUUACUCAUGGAAAAUACCACGGUGCCUUCUUCGGACAACAGGUUCCUCUGUUUCUUCACUGAAAUAUUUCUCUACAAGAUCAUUGCCUGCCAAUAUGCCCACUCUCGACAGGAGGGACUAUUCUUAGAAGAAGAAAAGGAGAAUUUCAUAAGCCAGUAAUUGCUGUGAACCACUCAGUCCUUGACCUGUGUGCCGUGAGUGACAGCGAGGAGCCCGGCGGGCACCACGCAGUGCUGUGGCCAAGUGGGAUAAUGCUUCCAGAAGUGUGUGUAGAGCUGAGGAGACCAUGUCCCAUUUUCAAAAGCACUUAAGUCCUCAGAGUGUUUAAGUUUCACUGCUCAUGAGUGUGACUUAUACUCCUAAAUCUCUUCAGCCUUUGAAAUCUUUCCUCUCGACAUUAGGCGCUGUACUGAGAUUGCCAAAUUGAUCCAAUAAAACUGACCCGAUAAUAAUGACUCGCGCAAUUGCUGAUCUGAAAUGCAAUAAAAAUUGACCUACAGAUGAAGAGUGGUCCAUCCCAUUGUCCUUAGAUCCUUCAUUCCUUGCCAUAUCUCUCCCUUUUAAGAUGCAUUUAAUAACAAAUUUCCUUUCCUUCUGCAUUCAUCCUCAGUCCCCCAUCUUGGUGCUGUGGAGUGAUGCACAAUAGCAGGCAAUAAAAAAACAAUCAAAAUCUAAACAGAACAUCUGGCCUGACUGACUUCACUAGAUUAGCUGCUCCCUUGUCUUUGUAACAAACUUCUGCUGUGGGUGUCUCUCAGGUGGACUGGGUCAGCUCACGUUGGCUUGUGGGAUUAUGCUUUUCUUUUAUGUUCUUCUCUUUUAUGCACAUCAUUUUUUAACUAAUGGACUCUUCGAGAAGUAAUUUAUGUCACUUUACAUCUAAUUGCUGCUGCUGUGUUUCUCAAGUUAUUAAUGUUUGAAAGAAUGUUCAGAGCUAGCACUUCUCAGAGAACAGCUCUUUACCUGCCCAGUGCCAUCUGCUUGGACUGUGCAAGCAGGGGGAUAUUUCCAUGUGCAAUCUCUUUACAGAAAGGACAGACUGCACACACAAUUUGCAACUCCCUCCAGGGCAAAGAAUAACAACCAGUUGGGGUAUAUAUAGAACAAAUUGGAUGAUUCUUCAGAGAUCCUCUAUAGCUCAAGCAGAAAUAAGAAAGCAUCAGUUGGAAGAACUAAGCCUUCCAGGAGCAUUUUGCAUUCAUUCCUAAUGUCCUGAUAAUGCAGCCUCGUGUAACAGCUGCCUGUGGUUUGUUCCUGCCCCUCUUGUGAAAGCUUUUGAGUCCGCAGCUGAGCAAUGGGAGGGACUGCAGGAACAUUUCUCAGCUGCUUCAGCAAAAAGUUCAGCCAGGUCAGUGUCAGAUGCCUCCAGGAGCCACCAGCUGACUGCUCAGCGGCCAGCGUGCGGAGGAUGCCCGUGUGCCACCGGCUGUGCCACAGGGAUCAAUGCCAUCUGCUGGAAUGGCUGCAGCAGAUGGCAGGUGGGGCAGAGGGGAUGGACUGUCUCAGAAUGCCAUGCUUCUUUCUGCAGUGAUCUCCUCUCCCCACAGCUUUAUGUCUCUUUGCAUGGACAAAGCUGCAGAUGUGAUUUGUCCCACUCCACUUUUGGCACAGGAAAGGCAUAUGCCAAACUCUGGAGGAGGUUCCUUUGCAGUGAGCAGAGAUUCACCUCCAAAGAGCUGUUUCUCUGACUUACUGGAGAUGGCUAUCUAAGGGUGAGAUGAAUUGCCCUCUGAACCAUCUGGGGUUUUCAUAGACUACAGCAAGAAGUGAGAGAAUUAGCCUGGCCUUUAGCAUUUAGCUCUUUGAUCUGUAAUUUAGGGCAACUAAACCACCUUAUGGGAAAAGUGGAAGUAGAGAUUGAGGCAGAGAACAAGAGAUCUAAUUAUUUCUGUGAAACAAGAGAGGAAUGGAUACAUGGAGCAAACCUUUCUUCUCAUAUCCAAGUGCAUCUGUAAAUUCCCAGCUCUGCAGACUCAUUGUGGUUGUCUGCUCAUGUGAAGCAAAACAACCAGACCCUGCCCAGUGCAGUUCAUGGCACAGCUGUGUGCUGUACCCUGCACAAGCCUCAUCUCUCUGUGACUUGGUGGAGGAGGACUGAAAACUCUGUUCCCCCUUCUGGGUGUGAACUCCAAGAGCAGAUCUGUAGCUGGAGUGGAGCUGCAAAGCAGCCACAGAGCAAAAGGGGCCACUGUCAUUCACACUGGCUGGGAGGUGCCUCUGCUCUGGAGCCAAGAGCUGUCCUUCUCAACUGAAGGAAAUUAACCCCUGCACCUUUUUAAACACAUUCAGAUCUUGAAAAGAGGCCAUGAUUUUCCCUGGAUGUCAGAGUGCUUGAAUCAGUGUGGAUUCCAAGUUCUGAACCAGCAGAUUUGAAGUGCAGACUUGGAAUUUGGGCUGUAGAUCAUUGUGGUAUUUUCCAUUCUGCUAAAUCUCCUUGUGAGGUAUCACCUAAGGCCACAUCCCUCCUCACAUGCACAUGUUACACAAACCUGGGCUUAGCACACGCACAAAAGCCCAGCAGGCAUAGCCAGCUUCAGUAGGGGUUGUGUAGCCAAAAAACUGGGAACAACAAUUAAGAAAACAAAAGGGAAUUGGAAAUGUUAUAAAUGUUCCCUGUAAAUAGCAUCACAAUGGAAUCUCAAGUGGAUUCUCCACCUGAUCUCAUCAAACAGAUAGAAUGGGACAUGUUUAAUGUUGAUUGAUUCUUUGGUUGUUUCUGUAUUUUAGACAGCAUUUGAUAUGAGAUUUGGGGUCAAUAACUGGACUUGCAGGUACCACCAAAAUUCAGAUACAUUCUCUAAAUCACUCUAAAGAGGGAAAUUCAAGAUGCAGAGAUGAUUUGGAGCUGGAGGCUGUGCUUGGACACCAGAUCUCACCAGCUGCUGUGUGUGAAUCCCAGGUGUGGAUCCCUACCUAAGUGCAGAUGCAGAAAGACAAAGAGGGAGAGGUGGCUUUUUCAGAGGAUCCCCAUUAUGCCUGGCAGAGACAAGGCAGGAAAGGACCUGCAGCCCCCAGUCCCAUCAGCAGGGCAGGAGCAGCCUGCAGAGGUGGAGAACCAACAAGGAUCUCUGGCACAGCCUGCAGUGAUUGCAUCUACCAAGGCAUUAGCAAAACAGCAAGGAGACAGAAACGGGCACUGACACUUGCUGAAGUUCAGCCCCCUGCUCAAACAGCUGCAGUCAGAGAAUUCCUACCAGAGAGCUUGGGGAGGCACCAGGACACAUCAGGACACUGCUCAGGAAGGGCUGCACAAGGCACUCUCCAAGCAUGGUGAUGGGAACAUUUGGGAAGAGCAGGAAAGAAAUAAACACAGUAAGAAACAAGGAAUAACUCAUAAUUAAACUGAUUUACUCCUGGAAGAAAUGGACACAAUUCCAUUAACUUUCAGUUCCAUCUAAAUACACACCAGAAAGAAACUAAGCUGGAUAUCGACUCUGACCUAGUUGGAGCUCUUUAUACUAACAUUACUGUAUUGUUAAAAUACUGGUUUAAGAGCCAAUUUUGGGCUGUUGCCUCCAUUUUUGCACCCUAGAGAAAGCCAGUGGGGUAAACUUCUAUUAAAUGAAUGUGAAAAAUUGAUGCCUGGUUCUAAGUGCACAUUUAUAAAUAUAACAUCAAAUCCAGUGGCUUACAACAGCUCCUCUCCAAAGAGCUCUGCCCUCAGAGCCUGCCCUGUGGUGCUCAGGGUGUCUCUGACCCAGCCUCCUGGACCAGCCCAGCACCUUGCAAACACUCUGGGAAUAUUCAGCUUUGUCAUUGUAGCCUGUCUGCAGCAUUUGCUUCCCCAUUUCCUGGUGCUGAGGUGAUUUGCUCAUUAUCAGAUUGCUGUUUAUUAAUCAGAGCGGUAACAAUGGGACAGAGGAGCUGGAAUACAGCACAGCCAGUGCUUCAUUUGUUCCAAUUGAUUUUCCUAUCACAUUUUAUUACUACUAUUUACUUUGUAUGCCUCAGGAAGAUUGAACUGCACUGUGCAGUAGGGGUAGGGAUUUGAAUUUCUCUUCUCUUUAGCUUUAUUUCUGUGGUGAUAGUCAGAACAGUGGGUUCUUCCAGCAACUAAGCCAUGACCUUCUCUGCUAUAAAACAGCAUAUGGAAAUGCUGUGAUAAUGAGACUCCACCAGUGUGUGAAGUCCUGCAGGUGGAGUUCGAGGGAAAUCCAUGAGAGUCAUGGAUACUGAACACAAAUUACCUCUCCAAGAUGACACCUUACAAAUGCUCAGCACUGGCCAGAAGCUCUGCUGGAGCUGAAGCAGCUGGAAAGCACAGAACAGGCACCUGUGCUUAGGCUGGGAUGAGCAGCUUCUACCACAGGGAGCUUUUGUCCUGCAGUAAAAUUAAUGGAGCUGAUGGUGAUGAUGGUUUUUUUCCCUGCUCCUUCCUCUCUUCUCUGUCUUAGGUCACUGUUCACAAGCUGGAUCUUGCAGAGUCCAGCCAGCACAUCCAAGCCAUGAGGGCUGAGCAGAUGAUUCCUGUCAGGAGGUGCUUGGUGCUUUAUGGAAGCUGACGUGUGGGUCAGCAGGAAGACACAGGGUGGCACACGCUGUAAGAUCACAUUAAUCAUCCCCUUGCCACUAACAGGGCUCACUGAGAACCAAAAACAACUUUAAAACUGACUGAAAACUAUAAAAAUCUGUGGCAAAGCUCCUAUUUUCAGCACAGCAGGGAUUUCACUCUAGAGAUUUAUAAGUGCUUGAACUAUAUUUACUCUGAAAUUGCCCCAUUCAGUGAGUACCACAGGAAACUCAUGGUUGGCUGCAACUGUAGGUGUCAGAUGCAGUUGCGUGGGGAGGUGAUGAUAAUAUAUGUUUAACAAAAGCUUUGUUUUCUACACUAAUUUUAGAAUUAGCCUAGUUGAGGAGUGAGGAGGCAGCUCUCAGGUGGUAGCACGUGUCAUUAAUAAAGUUCAAAACACAAACCACAGACAGUCAGCUGAGCUGAAAGCUUCCGUGGGCUCUUCACUGUUACUGGAAACGUGAGAGUCCUUCAGACAGGAAUUUCUUUCUUACCACGAGUUUUAUCUUGAUGAGAAGCUGUUUUGUAACUUAGGCAGAGUGGGUGAGUGUGUGCAUGUGCAAACACAUGCCUGUGUCACCACCCAGCAGAAUGAGUCUGUGCAGACAUGUGCAACAUCAUCCUUUGUGGGAGCAUGCCACAUGACAUUGGGGAGAAUUUCUCCUUUUUUUUCCUUUUUUUUUUUUCUAGCAGAACUGCUUCUUUUGUUGCACCAGCAGAAGCUUUGGGGUUUUAGAGCUGAGCUGUAUGUCCUGGCCCCUCUCUGAAGUACAUCCCUGCACUUGUCACUGGGCCAACAGUGCCCCAGUGACUUAGACCUUGCUCGAUGGCUCCCUGUCCUCCUGCUGUCAAUGACCUUGAGCUGCACCAAAUAAUUCUUUUCUCCCUGUUUGUUUUUUUUUCAGCAGCAGUGAGGGUAAUUGAAUGAUUGUAAAAUAGGCCACUGGGCCAGUAGGGGUUAAGUGAAAAUGAAAAUAAUGCCACUGAUGGGAACAUUUUUUGGUCACAUUUAAGGUCACGGUGAGAUAAAGGGUUAGGAAACAUCAGCUUGAGAUUUUAACAUCACCAGUGGCUUCUGCCAGCACAUCCCGAGAGUGAGGGAAGGGAGGGGAAUGUACAGACACUGGUGGUGGAUUUAACCAGGACUGAGUUCAGACACCUGGAGCAGAUUCACUUGAGCACUAUUGAUCACAGUGGAAACAUUAAACUCUUAAUCUGGCACUGUUUCAUUCGUGCUGCAUUAUUAUUGUUAUUAGAACCUGUGAUUUACCAUGUCCAGCCUGGAUCAAAUUCAGCAGCUGUAUUUCUCCAGAUUAUUUUGCACUCUUCCUUGCUGAAGUGCAGUCUGGCAGCAGAAGUUUUACAGCUUUUUGAAGGAAUAAGGUCUCCCUCCAGUGGUGGCAGGAAACAGCUUUGACUCCCUCAAUCAAUGAGGGCAUGUGAGGCUGGGAAAAUGAGUGUGCACCACAAUACACUUUGAAGGGAAAUAAUUUUUUGAAGGAUUUUUGAAGACCCUUCACUGUUUGCCACCUCUUCUUAUGACAUUGCUCCCAGUACAACCCCCCACUGUCUGAAAAUCUUCUCUUGUCUGGAAAAUCUCCUUUCAAUACUACCCCUUUUAACAAAAUAGUUUACUAUGUGCAAAUAGAACUGAAUUCCCACUCCAUUUGCCCCUUUUACUGUUGCAGUAGUAAUAGCUCCUAUUGCUGAUUGUCAAGUUGCACAUGCAAUACUGGCUUGGAUCCCAUCACCCCAUGGCAUGAGGUAAUACAGUGCUUUAGACAUUUUGCAGAAAAAAAAUCCCUUUGGAUUAAGCUGUUUUCAGUUCAGAAGAGACAUGUCCGAGCCCUGGUCACCUUGUAACAGAAAGCCAUAUGACACAAGUGCACUGGGGUGAAGAGAUAUUGAUUUACCUUCUGUAAAAUGAAUGUAAAGUCAAAAGUCUGAGCAUUUUUCAGCACCUCUCCAUACUCUGCCUGAUUGGUGUGACCCUGGCUGCAAGCCCCAUGGCUCAGAGCUUCCACUGCACAUCCCACACCUUCCUAAUCAUCCUCCAAUUGCAGAUUCAUAUUUUGAGUUGCAAAACUUGUGUGGUCUGUGUUGUAAGCCACAAAUGCUCCCUUAUUCAUCCAUUUUGUGUUCCUCACUCAAGUUCUCUGUUUUUCCUCUCUCUCUCUCCUCACAUUUCCAUAUCUGAAGCAAACUUCAUAAACCACUUUUCUUAACCUCCCUAGGCCUUACUGUAGCACCAGCAGAAAAGGUGCAAUAUUGAAAAAGGUAUUAAAAUAACAGAGAGAUACCUCCAGAGUGAUGGGAAGCACUGAGAAAUUCUAUUGAAACCAGUAUUUAAUGUUAAUUAUGUUUUCCGUUCCAGUGGUGAAUAACCACUCAGUGCUGAAAUUAGAAGACUUGCUCAGAAAGGGUUCCAUGGGAUUAUUUGAUUGGAAUAUGUCAGUGGUGCUUGUGGUUACCAUUCUCCUGAUUUCAUGCCAAUAGAAUGGGCAGUGAUGGCUUGAGAAUCAGCUAAACAUUUCCUCUUCUUCUGAACAUGGUAAAUGGUUUAGAGAAAACCCAUAUGAACAUUUUCUUUCUGAGCUCUUUCAUCAUCAGAACUGUGAUAUAGAAUAGCUUGAUUCAGUCUUCACUGUAUCCUUAAAUAUGAAUUUAUUUUUGAAGAUAAAAUUUUAUCUUGUCUCUUCCAGGAGAUUGCAUUGUCCAUCCGUAUAUUUUGAGUUUCUGUUUGUACUUUUGCCCUGUCACCCCCAAAUAUUCAGUGUAUGUUUCUUCCUUCUUGUAGCCAAGGGUAUAAAUUGAAAUUCAAUUUCAUUAAAGUUGUAAGUAAUCACUCUCUGGCUCUCAUUAGUAAUGAUUCGGUGCAGGGGGAUCCCGGCUGCUCCCACAACUGUAAUUCAAUUGGACUCAUCAACUCUUGUUCACAAAUCGCUUGAGCUGCACUUUCUUCCCAAAUUUAUGGCAUCAGCACUGUCCAGAGGUUGAAUUACAGCUGCAGGUUUGAUCAGGGACUGCAUUAUUCUGCAUCUAAUCCCUGCAUUCUGACAGCAGUGGGGGGAGCACUGUUGUUUUACAGGAACUCUGCAUUGUUCCUCUGCUUUAUGUCAGGGGCUGAAUUGCCUUUGGAAUCAGGGAACUGUCAGCCCAAAGCUACAAGCAAACAACCAGCUCCAGAUGACAUGGUGUAUAAAUAACAAACAUGGAGACACUCAAAAGCCAGCACUCCUUCUUCUGCACUCUCCUAAAUUACCAGGAUGGUGAUUGACCACAGCCUGUGCUCCUGCAUCAGCAGAUGCAAUCUGAAUAUAUUGAUGCUUUCUGAAUAUAUUGUUGGAAUGUGACUCCUAGCUUUUACCCAAAAUGAGGAAUGUUGAUAUUCACUGGUGGCACAAAGUCACUUGCACAUUGAUUAAAUAUUUCAGCCAGAGGCCAUGUUCAGGCAUUCAUUCACAUCCAAGCCUUUCCUCUUGAGCAGUGACCUGCAGCCCACGGCAUUCCUGGCACGAAGGGCUCUGGGGUGGCACGGAGCAGGCCCUGUGCCAUUUUCCACAGAGGUGAGUGGCACCCCUCAGCUGACAGCCAGGACUUGGCCUCCUGCAAGGCAUCAUUCCCCAAACCCCCUGGUAGCCAGGUUUAAUCCCAGAGGGAUAGAGAAGCCUUUACCUCUCCUAGAAACAUUGCCCUUCAGCUGACAGGAAGGGACUGGCAGCCUUGUUUGGAACUGAUCCUCGUUAGGAGCAGAAGAAAUUCCCCAGGCACAUCUAACCUUGGAUCAGGCUGGGGGGGAAUGGUGCAUUUCCUUUGGAAGCUUCUCCUGCUUUAGCAUAUCUGUGUCCAUGUGCUCCAAUAGCACAGAGCAGAGCCCCAGCCAGCGGGUAUCAGUAUCCAGCACUCAUUUAAUUGACCUUUGCUGUUAAAUCAUUAAUGGAAAUCACUGAACAUGGGGCAAUAAGGUGGUUUCACCACUGUUCUGCUGCUUGUGGCUUCUGCUAAUUUUCUGCUGUAGUUUUGCUUGCUCUAAUAGCAGAAUCUGUCAUCUUCUAGUUCCACACAAAUCCUGGGAGGCAAAUUAGAAGAGAUGUGGAGCAAAUUCCUGUUGACUUUAAUGAGAGUUGUGGUUUUUAAAAAAUACAUUAAGAAGAAAACUAAGGUUCUUUUAUUCCUUUAUGCAACCUUGCCUUUUUUAUACACUUUGUGGUUGGAGAGACUCUGACAUGAGACGGGCUAUGGGAAAUGUCUGCUUUCAUAUAACAUCUCAGAGCAGCAGCAUUUGGCUGCUGGACUGCAGCUUUCAGAGAGCUGUCGGCAUCACCUGUUGUGUCAGUCCCCUGUGGCUGCAGAUCCCCGGGCAGGAUUCUCAGUCAGCCUCCCAGGUGGGUUCCAACAUGUUUUCAGUGUAUUUUAGUUCCUUCUUUUGUCCAUUUUUU